ACACGACCAAAACCACCACCGACGCCGUCCCUUUAUCCCCUAGCUUCUUCAUCCCCAUCAAUUCCCUUGCUUUUGAUUCUGUGACAUUGAAAAAUGACUUCUUCUGUCUCUUCUUCUCUUCACUUGCUAAAACCCAGUUCCAAUUCCAUACUUCUGUACCCAUCAAGAACAACUGACCCAAGAAGAAGGUCGCAAGCUCCUGUUAAAGCGGCUUCUUCCGGUGAUAGCAAUGGUCCUGCGUCAAACCCGACAAAAUUGCUCACCUUUUUAGGGAAAGGCGGCUCCGGCAAGACGACCGCUGCUGUUUUUGCUGCCCAGAAUUAUGCAAUGAGUGGGCUUAGAACAUGCUUGGUUAUUCAUGGUCAAGAUCCCACUGCUGAUUGGCUUCUUAACUGUAAGAUUGGGUCCUCUCCUGUUGUAUGCAAUGACAACCUCUCAGCCAUUAGAUUGGAGACAACAAAAAUGCUUCUAGAACCCCUCAAUCAGCUGAAGCAAGCAGAUGCCCAUCUUAAUGUGACCCAAGGAGUUCUUGAAGGGGUGGGGUAUCUCUAGACAUUUUUUACAGUGUCACUGUGACAUUAAGAUUCUUUUCCUUUGGAUAGUAUUUUCUGUGGAGGACUUCGUGAUGCAUCUUUGUUUGAAAUAUAGUAGGUUGUUGGAGAAGAGCUUGGGGUGCUUCCUGGGAUGGACUCCCUUUUCUCAGCACUUGCAUUGGAGAGGUUUGUGGGAUUAUUGGGGAUUAUGGCUCAAAAGAACCAACAUAAAGAUAAAUUCGACAUAAUAGUAUAUGAUGGUGUCAGCACUGAGGAGACCCUACGGAUGAUAGGUGUGAGCAGUAAAGCAAGACUGUACUUAAAAUAUUUGCGGAGCCUGGCUGAGAUGACUGAUUUUGGGAGAUUGGCUGGUCCUUCACUCUUGAGGCUUGUAGAUGAAGCCGUAAUUAUGAACAGGGAUCACACUCAAUUCAACGGGAGAAUGAGUGCAGAAAUAUGGGAUAGUUUGGAACAAUUUCUGGAGCGAGGAUCUUCUGCCGUUUCAGAACCAAAUAGAUUUGGAUGCUUUCUUAUGAUGGAUCCAAAGAAUCAACUUUCUCUGCAUACUGCAUCGCGUUAUUGGGGCUGUGCAAUCCAAGCUGGUACACAGGUUUCUGGUGUAUUUGGUAUUCCUUUGCCCGAUUCUCCAGUAAAAUCAAUGGAAAAGGUCAAGAAGGAAUUUUCACCUUUGCCCUUUGCUUUCAUUCCACAUCUCCCAUCGGGUUCCCCUCCAGAUUGGAAUGCAAUCAUCUCGAGCAGUGCAAGUGCAGAUGCCCGGAAUCUUCUUUCUUUUCCAGCAAGCCAAGGGAAGAGCAUGAUGCCCUCUAUACAAUUUGAUGCAGCAAGAAAAACAGUAACCCUCUUUAUGCCAGGUUUUGACAAGUCAGAGAUCAAGCUAUAUCAAUAUAGAGGAAGAUCUGAGUUGUUGGUUGAAGCAGGGGAUCAAAGAAGAGUCAUCUGCUUGCCACCAAAGCUUCAAGGGAAAGUAGAAGGUGCAAAGUUCAUGGACAGAAGCCUUGUAAUCACGAUGAGAUGAUGUAGACCAGCAACAGCUUGAAUCACAACCUCAAAACAUACGCUUGCACCUUUUUCAAUUUUUUUCCUUUAUUUUUUCCCCCUGUUUUUUAAUUAAUUUUUGUAGUGUAAACUGAGAUGACUAACAUAUCCAACAGAAAAAUGCAUAAACAGGGAAAAUAAUACUCUCUCUUUAUUUAUUUUUAGUAAAUUUAAUUUAAUUUU